GAGACUCAAACUCUCAGUAAAAACCCAGCGCAGAAACCUCAAACACCUGUUGUGGAGGUCCAAAGAAAAACACCAAGGAUAGAAAUGGUAGCCCCCCCCGCAGCAGCAGUGGGACGAGAGCCUGAACUCGCAGCUCCUGAGAAAACCAUUGAAACUGUUCCCGAGCAGCCGUUAGUGGAGCCCGCCUGCGUGCAAAAAAACCUUGUGGCUUUUUUUCAGAAGCUCAGAGAACGCACACUGUCCAAACCUGCAUGUACGAGGAAGUCUGCAUCACCCGUGAAAGUACCCACUCCUCCUCCUCCUGAACCAGAGGAUGUUAUCCUGAUUCUGAGCGACGAGGAAGAGGAGCCGCCGAAAACAAGCAAGGAAACGCGGGAAGAUGAACCCGCUGUGAGAAUAGAUAAGAAAGCUCUUAACUCAAAGACUUUAAAAGAUGCCAAGACGAGCAGAGCUAAGCCGAUGAAGAGGGGCAAAAAAGUGCCGCAGGGAUCUGAUGGAGAAACGGACGAGGCUUCAAAGAAACAAGGUCCGAGCAGCGAGGAAGUGGGGGCUACAGACCUGGGGGCUCUUUCAGGGGAGAAGCCGUUUCAAAAAGUAUGCCAGCCUGUCUCCAGUAAGAAGAAAGCGCCUCAAAGGAAAGCGCCUCAAAGGAAGGAGCCUCUCAGCGCAGUGAGGCGGGGCAGGAGAGCCCCCGGGAGCUGGUGGGCGGUGCAGGACGUGGAGAGCCUCUCCCCUCAGCAGCAGAAGCCCAAACCUCGGAAAGGAAGGAAGAAACGCAUCAGAUCUCCUCCACCUCCCAAAGAGAGUUCCUCCGUGCCGCUCCUAAACCCACAGUCUCCGCUGAAGAGAUCUCGGGCCGCUUCAAACAAGCCCCCGAGUGUGGGCAGAGGUCGGAGGAAGAGACAGAAAGUGCCGGAGCGUCCUGUGGAGGAAAUCCCUCCCGCUGACUGUCCCGUGUUCAGUACUCCUAACGACCUCAUACACCACAGCAGCCCCCAGGAUGAGGGGCCACAGCGUCAUUCAGUGGAUCGGUCGAGGCUCUUGAGAAGUGGGCCGUCCUCCAUGAUUGUUCCGGAGCAGUACGAGGACGACAGCUCGAUUUUGCCGAAUUCCACAGUGCAGGAGGCUCUCUCUCUGUCAGAUCUGUGCGCUCCUCCGCUCAAACCGAUAACCCUGCUGACCAAGGACAAAGCCAACCUGUCCGAGUGGUUCAAGAACCUCUGGGCGCUGCCUGUCAAAGUAGGUAGUACUGAGAUCUUCCCGGAUCAGUUCGAGUGGUUCUGCUAUCAGGGCCGGGCGAUCGGCUUGACGAUGGACGUUAACAGCGGAUCAUUCUGCAACGGGAAGAUGCUGCUGGGCUCCUUCAUGAAGAAACCUCUGCUGGUGGACCACAGCGCCGCCACCGUUUUUAACUUAUUAACAAGCUCUGUGAGUGUGACCAUCAACGGCAGGGAAUCCCGCUUCAACCCUGGACAAUCCUUCGUGGUGCCAUGCGGAAGUGCUUACAGCAUCCAGAACGUCUGUGCUCAGCCGGCGGUUCUCUACUUCACAAGAAUAAUCUCAGAAAGCUCAGAAUGAAUAAAACUAAAACAAAACAGACCGGACACAAUAUGUACAUUUGUUUUUGA